UUUUCUGAGACCACCUCACAAAACGUAAGCUUAGAAAAACACAACUGCUUUUCUUGUUUUUCCAACUUUCUAAAGUGCUUAUAACUUCUCGAAUUGCUUUCCCAAAGCACUUAUUUCAAGUGGGGUUUUUUCUCCUUCUGAAUCUCUGUCUCGUCGAAGAACAACACCCACCUCCCCUUUUCUUUGUUUUCUUGCAGAAUUUGCUUCCACAGCUACAAUUAGUGUUUCUUGAGAGCAAAAAACAGUUUCUUUUUGGGUUGAUUUGUCAUUCUUCUGUACAAAUGGAUACUUCACACCAAGAUUCAACUGUUAAAAACGUGCUCAGGAAUCUCUGUCGCUGUUAUGGAUGGUCUUAUGGUGUUUUCUGGAGUUUUGACCAGGCAAAUUCCCUAUUGUUGACUAUGCAAGAUGCUCACUUUGAGGAGGAAAUCCAAGGUCUAAUUGAUGAUUUGCUUCUACAAGCCCCAAUGUUUGGAGGAGGGUUAAUUGGAGAGGCUGCUUUUACUAAGAAACACCUAUGGAUGUCCUCAGAAGAUAAUUACAUAGCACAUAAUUCUUCAGGUUCCAUCUGGGAUAUGUUUCGGGAUGAUUCGAAAUUUUGUAGCCAAUUUUCCUCGGGGAUAAAGACAAUUGCAGCAAUCCCAGUGGAACCACAAGGAGUGGUACAAUUUGGGUCCACUAAGAAGAUUCUAGAGAGGACGGAAUUUAUAGAUCAAACCAAGAGAAUGUUCCAUGAAAUUGUAAAUGGUGAUGGGCCAGCAAUUUCAUCUUCAUCAAAUGGGUUGUUUGCCUCUUUGAUAUCAUCCGAAGAGGGUUGUCCCUUUUCAGUUGGAUCUUCUUCGGCUUUUCCACCACAUCCUUUCUCUUUCGGUUCAGAACCUCAAACCUUGUUUCUUGAUAAUAAUCAGUCUACUACACAGUUUGUUGGAGUUGGUAAUGAUGGUGCUGCACCAUGGAGUACUGCUUCUAGUUUGACUUCCUUCAAGGAACCGUUUUUAUCAGAAUCUAGAGGUCUAGAAACGUGGAACACAUUAUCUGUGCAAUCAAAAAGCCCAUUUCCUUCAACAAACACACAUCAAGAUUUGUUCGAUUUACCAACAGAUUUUGGAAUCCCGGAUGAAUUCUUCCAAACAGGAGAUUUCAAUAUUGCUCAAUGGUACCCUCAGUCUCCAGGCCAAAGUACUGUAACACUAGGCAACCUCACACCAAAUGAUCAUUUGUUAUCGCAAGCCACGGGUUUUCUUCCCAUCAGUUCUGAUGAAGGCGGCAAAUCUUUGACUAUUUCUGGUAUUGAUGUUGAUCUGUUCGGAAGUUCAGGAGAUUUGGGAGACAUUGUAACACCUGUUAUAAAUGAAAACCAUUUGGGUUUCGAUUCUUACAAUUCAGGGCAUAUCUCAGUGUCAAAGUCAACCAAAAAUGUUGAUAAUCAUGACUCUGCUACCCUUGGUCAGAAGAAAGGAUUGUUCUCAAAUCUUGGGAUUAAAGAGCUUUUGGAGGGCAUUUCUGCUACUUCUAACACUGCCUCAACUUCUUGCAUUGAGGAUCAAGUGUCGUCUGCAGCAAAAAGAAGGAAAACGGGAAAUUCCGUAUGGGAAACGAGUUCGUUACAGCCUGUUGUAUAUAACAAGAGUCUUAAAUCGGAACCUGGUAUAUGGAUGAGUGAUGCUUAUAGCAUGGAUGGUUCAAGCACAAUCUUGCAAGCUAAGAAGCAAGUAGAAUCCCCAAAGCCCACCAAGAAAAAAGCUAAACCAGGGACUCGGCCACGGCCCAAAGACCGCCAGAUGAUAUUGGAUCGUAUGGCUGAGUUAAGAGAACUGAUCCCUAACGGAGAGAAGAUGAGCAUUGACUGUUUGUUGGAUCGAACAAUAAAGCACAUGCUUUUCUUGCAAAGUGUGACAAAACAUGCUGACAGAAUCAAACAGGCUGAUGAACCAAAGCACAAUGGUGUCAUUCCGAAUAAUUAUUCCAAUGAUCCAAGCAACAAUGGUGUGACAUGGGCAUGCGAAUUGGGAAAUCAAACGAUGAUUUGUCCAUUAAUAGUGGAGGACCUUAGUACCCCUGGACAAAUGCUCAUAGAGAUGCUUUGCGAAGAACAUGGGUUCUUUCUUGAGAUAGUGGACAUAAUCCAGGGUUUUGGGUUGACCAUCUUGAAGGGAGUCAUGGAAGCUCGUGAUGAAAAAAUAUGGGCGCGAUUUAUAGUUGAAGCCGAGGCAAAAAGACAUGUAACAAGGCAUGAGAUAUUUGCAGCACUUGUACAACUUCUACAAACAAUGGGUUCUAACGAUAAUCAUCUUGAUAAAAACGUUAUGCAAACUGGGACUUCUAUACUCAACAAUUUCCAACCAUCUGGGAUACAACUUCCUGUAAGCUUGGCAGACACAGGGUAUGGCAUGAACUUAUAACCUUGUUCUUUAAGAAUACCAUGAGCAUUCACCUGGUACCGACUGUAUGUGAUUACCGUGAUUGGUAUUCUGGGACGAAAAAACGAAUAGAAAGAAAUUAAUUUCCUCAAAGGAGCGGCGAUUUUUUCCCGGAGUUAGAAAAUGAAGCUGUGGAUGUGUAAUGAAUUUGCCCAAAUGCAAGGAGGGAUUACUUAUGCUUUUAGGUUCGUUAUUAGUGGCAGCGGCAUUUUGGGGUUCUUGAUCUUUGUUUCUUGUUUUGAUUCUUUAGUGUUUCUUUGUUGGUUUCUUUCCAGCAGUUUUCAAAAAAUUAAAUGUUCAUAUUCUGAAACAAACAAGAAAGAACCAAUGUAAUUUGUAGGCUAACCGCCACCUUAUGAUUAUAUUCAUCUGGGCUUUGAUUUUCGCACC